AGUGCUAAAAAUUGCAUUUUUAACACGGUUGUAGAAAAAUAUAAUUUAAGCACAAGAAGUCUUAGCAGUCCGUGUAAUAAGGUUCUAAGUUAAUUUUUACAUAAGUUAUGAACAUUUAUAAAAUCUCACAAUUUAUGAAUUAUUUUGCAAUUUUCUAAGCAACAAAUAAGGAUAGACAUAUUCAGCGAACGCCAUAUUGAAGUUUUUUAUAUGAUUUAUGAGUUUCUUAUUCUCAAAUUUGUUUAGAAUGCUUAAAUUUUUGGUAAUAGACGAAAAAGCGAAAAUUUACCGUUUUUUGAUUUUCGUUUGUUUAUAACUAUAUAUAUCAUCAAAAUCGGCUGCAGAAAACAUAAAGGUUAUUAAUAUAGAUGUCCAUACUACUCAAAAAAUUUGGUUUCGGCCGGGCCUGGAGGAGAUGUGUCACGGAAAAAAUCUUAUUUCUCUGGGCUAUGUACUAUCAGUCUUAGCAUUUCAGAUCGCUGUCUCCUCAUUAGGUGUCCCAGAUGUGCUAACUUUCUUAUUUUUAUUCUGAUAUUUGUUGUCCCAUACUCUCCAGGGAUAUGAUUUUGACAUUUUAUAAACGUCAUUUAUUAGAGUUGUAUUAUUAACGAAUUUAAAUUAUUAUGAAAAUACGAAAAGUGCCGAAUUUGUGUACAUAUUAUUUUACCGACCAGAAAGUUUUGGCUGGUACUAAACGAUUUAGUCAAGAUACUUCUAGUACACCCACCAUCACAGAAAAACUCCAAACACAUACCAAAAAGGAUAAUAAAUUCGAAGUUUCUUCGAGCGAAAUCAAAGAGGAUACCAAAAAGGAAAAUAAAUCCGAAUUUUCUUCGAGCUAUGGUCAAAAACAUAAUUUAGUGGUGUUUAAACAGUUACCGUUGCAUCACUACGAUAAAUUGGACAGUGGAAAAGGACGUAAAGAUCCUCUGGAACAUGUAACAGGAUUGUCAGAAAAGGUUUUCAAAGUUCCAGAUGAACCUGUUGGACCUGGAGCUGCCAAAAAUGCAAUUUACAAAAAUCCCGAGUACUUUUGUACUCACAAAUAUAGUUUCUAUAACGCAAAGCUGGAAUUGGCUAAGUAUCGUCUUCCACAGCCUUCAACAAAAGUUCCGUAUUUUCACGAACUCUGUCCAAUAAAAAAAUAAGUUUCAUUCAUUUCGCAAUAUACCUAAACGUCAUAUGUU